GAGAGAGUAGCUCAUGUUCACUUAUAUUGAUUGAACUUGGAAUUCUUAAAUUAGGUGGUAUUACUCAUUAAGUAAACCUCUAUCACUACUGAUGAUGAGGCAUUAUGCAGUCAAUGUUUUAUAAAGUCCAUAUCUUACCAUAACAGCACUAAUAUGUUUGGGUGCACAUUUUAUGAAGUGUAUUGCUGUUGCUGUCUAAUGCCUGUUCUGAAUGCAGUAACUUGAAAAGCAAACAGGAAACAGUUGCUCUGAUCUGCCACUCCGUCUUCUAUCGUCUUCUGACACUCCUCACUGAAACUAAUUUAAAGCAAAGAUGGAGCAACAUUGUGGGACAACAUGAGGGUAAAAUCAUUGGCAGUCAAAUAUUUUAAAAUCUUAAUAAUUAGCACUGUACAAAAAUAAAGCCUGACCUCUUUUGAGUCUAUGCUAAAAAAUGCAGACUGCCGACUCUCAUGUUACAGUCUAAGAGUUGCAGAGGUUCCUUUUUAUACUAAAGUGGUUUCACUUCCCUGUUUUAAGAGCUACUUCCUUAUGUUUAACAUUUUCCAAUGCGUCCAAGUGUUGUUACAUGAGUCGAGCAUAAUUUCAGAGAAAAAGACUUGUCAUACAGUCACUGUGGUCAGUAAGGCUUCAUCUGCAGAAUGGAUUUCACGUCACAAAUUUGUUGAUGUGGUGCUACGUAAAUGUGCUUUUAGUCUGGAUUUACACACGGAGAGAGUGUCUGAUUCUCUGACAAUACCAGUAGUCCUGUUGGAGAUGGAGGAGGCUGAGCACGGCUGGAAGAAAUGACAAGGAGUCCCGAAAUCUCGGAGCAGUGACAGAUGAGUUUAUGAAGGAUACAUGAGCUGGUGAGAUGGAGGAAGCGUACAAUGAACUCUACCAGCAGUUUCUCUGCCUGAGGUCCCUUUGCCUGAGACAGGCAGCUCUGCUACAUGAACUCAAAACGGCUUUGCAGAAACAGCAAGGUACCACUGUUCCUAAUGGAGAACUGAGUGAUGCAAUGUCCCUCCCCGUCCAGUGUACCCAAGAAAUCCUUGUAAAUCUCCAUGACGGGCCUCAAACACUAACAGCCAAGGCACCCAAACCUGCAGCACAAUGUGGUGUCGAUCGGCCCUCUAGAAACCUUGGGACUUUUUCGGAUCUCCUCGCUGAGGAUAUGUCUAAGCUCUGUAUGGAAGUGCCUCGUCAGAGAAAGGAAGAUGGGAUGACUGAGCAAACGGUUGCACCUCUUAUAAGCCAGGACAUCACUAAGUGGCCAGGAGCGUGUUCCAAUGUCUUAAAUAAUCCAAAGCAUGCUGAUUCUUGUUGUGGAGACAGGACAAUGCACACUGUAGGGAUGCCUAUGACAGACACUCCCUCCCUGGUUGGACACUGCCUGAGUCAGUCUGGUGGGAUGCUGAUGUCAGAUGUAGCGCUACAGUCUCACGUUUGUGACUUCUGCCAGGCGGUUUUCCCCGGAGACACAACCACCGGAGGAGAGUUCCUGCGACAUCUUUACACCCACGUCACCUAGACUGAUCUGUUUUGUCCUUCUGACACAUGAGUUGUGUGUUCACAUGAUAUGCAGUGAUGGAGCAGGUGUAGCUCAUUUCACCUGAUCUCUGGAAGCAGCGUUGAAAUCAACCUGCACUUCAUAUUGUUAGCUGUUUACCUGUGGAUGAACUGUGCAGGAAUCAUUUUCUGUUGCCUUUUUUUUUUUUGUUAAGAUAUUUUUUGGGGCCUUUUAGCCUUUAAUGGACAGGACAGAUAAGUUUGAAAGGGGGAGAGAGAGAGAGAGAGAGAGUGACAUGCAGGAAAGGGCCACAGGCUGGAGUCGAACUCAGGCCGCUGCGGCAACAGCCUUGUACAUGGGGCACCUGCUCUACCACUAAGUCACCGACGGCCCCAUUUUCUGUUUCUGAGAUAUAAAAUGAAGGGCAGGAAACUUGCUUUGCUUCAAUUGUAUGUGAAAGUACUGAGAUAACGUAGGUUCAGUUUACCAUCUCACUUACAACUGCAGUGCCAGUAUUUAGCCAGGGUUUUAUUUGUCCAGGUUUGGACAUUUAGAUCUAAAGACCUCACUGUAUCAGUUGUUAUAGGGACCAUUCCUGUUAUAGAAAGUGAUGUUAAUCUUACCCAACCCAGACUGGGGUUAAUUACACAAAAACUUAUCUGCAUGGCCAGAUACAACUAGAGUGGUUUUUUUUGUCUUGAGCUAAUGGUUCAAGCCACCUCAUUUAAUACAUGUAACUCACAUAGAGAAAAUCCACGAUAGCAUAAAUCAUUGCCCAUAUAGCCUUUAUUGUAGUUACAACUUGCAACCAUGAUGUAUUUGUUAAGAUCUUAUAAAUCAUCCAUCCUUCAAAGGCCUCCUUACCUCAUGUACACUGACUGUGAUCCUCCCCUGGUGUUUUAAAGGGGAACUUCAUCUAUUUUUGAAAUUCACACAUUUUAUUCCUAUGGUCUGAGACAGUUCAGAAAUAUAGGUAAAAAUGAACAACACUUUCCCAAAUCCCCAAACUAGAGAGCCAAAUUCAAAUUUGUGAUGUCAUCAAGUAUAAAGUCUGGAGCUGCUCCGUAGACAAUGAACUGUGAAAGAUGUUACAGAUGACUCUGAGAGCAUAUGGGCACAUUUUCGGUUUCACAACUGAGAACACUAAAAUGAAAUAAAGCUCAUUUGGGUAUAAAAAAAUCUCCCAAUCAUUCUGUGGGGCCAUAAAAUCAGCCUCCCAUACAUUGUCUAUGGAGCGGCUCCAAAAUUACUACUUAAUGACAUCACAGGUUUUACUCACUUCUCUGGUUUCUGGCUUUGACAGAGAAUAGCUCAUGUUCACAAAUAUAGACUGAACUUACCUAGGCCAUAGAAAUAAUAUAUUUAAAUUGGGUAAAUUGGUGUUUCCAUUUAAUGUAGCCCAUAAUUGCGCUUGAAAAUGCAAAAUUGUGAGAAUACCUUCUCUACUUUACUGAAUUACAAUAGCCAGACAACAGAGAUGUUACUCUACAAUAUGAGAGUAAUGGAGAUCUUGUGUUUUAAAAAUAUAAAAGUAUAUACAGGGGAAUAAAUCACUGAAAUAAAUAGGGUCAUUUGUCAUGUUCAGGAAAAAAAUGGCGGACUAUUGUACCGUUUAAUCUGAAAAUCUAGUGUUUAUUAGGGUUUGUUAUCAUGUGCUAUAGAUAAGAUACAAGAGGGCCAGUUAUGGACAGUGAGGCACAUUGUUUUGUUUAUGAUCUGAAGUAACUGUUUGAAAAGAUAAUUAUAAAGAAAAUUGUUUGAACUGAAAUAGCUGAAUUUCUACACAUUACCAUCAAUCUGUAGCAAAGGUGGGGGAGCAUCUACUGCUGUGCUUAUCAUUCUCAUCUCACCUGAUUGUUGUGAAAUGGGUUCGGUGUUCACUGACCUUUAUGUAACUGUGACUUUGUUUGCAUUGGUUUUAAAUGCAAAUUUCAACAUUUUUAUAAUUGUUUAAUGCUUGUAUGUCAUAAGGAAAAUCUUCUCUUGUGUAGAUUUACAGUCUGAAUUGUGGCAGUAUGGGUCUUGGCUGAUUUUUGCAUUUCACUGUGACUUAAGUAAUUAUUAGAUCUGCUUUUAUUAUGGUAAGCUUUGAUGAGCCAAAAAUAUGAAUUAGUUCAAUCUGAUUAAGUUUAUUAUUGACAACUUUUUCUUACAAGCCUUUUGAACUCUUAUCCUUAUGAAAUAUCCCAAUAAACAUUGCCCACAUUUGCAUGUA